GGUGGUGAGAAAAUAUAAACAUGAGCUCACUAUGGCUGAUCUUUAUUCUGAUCAUUGAACGCAAUUCCCGAUGGCUGAAGGACCAGUAGAGGCUUAAAAGUGGAGGCUGUAACAAGAAAAAUGACUGCUCGAGGCUCUCAUCUGCUGAAUUGCAUUUAUUUUGGCGUUCUUGUGCAGUAAGAGAAUUUGUCAAAUUAAACUUGUAUAUGGUCACUUGUUUGUUCUUGCUUAGAAAUGAGCCCCCAAGUGUUUAAGUCAUGCAUCGCCCGGGUCUUAGUUUAUGCUAACUCCUGUGGGGAUGAUGGGAUCUGGACCAGACCUUCCAUAAACUUUUAAUUGAUGCAAUAAACUUGGCAGUGGAAAUCUCGGUGGUUUUUUUCCCCUCUGGAUCUUUAGUAUUUUUGCUUGGAAAGUAAUGGAAGUGGUAACUGGGGCGCUUCCUCUGGCAUUUUUAGAAGAAGCCAGCAGGGUUUUUGACGGGGUUCCCUUGAAUGCUGAGCGUGCGCCUGCCUCCUGCAAAGCUGCCAGCAUCCCUGCCGGGCUGUAAGCUCCGGGCUCUGCCUGGUGGUUGCAGUUUGGCACUUUCUUGUACGCCUUUGUACUUACCAGAAGAUCUUCUGAACCGAGGUUUUAUCUCUGGGAGCUACAUCUAGGCAACUCAUCAGAGAAGAGCCUAAAUGGGAGGAAAUCCAGUGCAUUCAAAAUACAGGCAUCGGCAGUGUCGUUGCAGGAGAUGCAGCUCUGUACACAGAGCCCCGCUCACCACAGCCUUCGUCCUGCCCAGCCGUAUGGCAGUGGCUUUGCUAAAGCUGCUGACCUUGUGUUUUGGAUUUUUCAGAUGAGGUGGCCAACUCUGUGUGAUGUCUGUCGCAUCAGCUGCGGCCUGGCUGCCGCAAAUGGGACACUUGGCACUCUGGACACAGGCAGAAAUGGCCCACACGUGUCGCGGGACCAUCAACCUGUCCACGGCUCAUAUCGAUACGGAGGACUCUUGUAACAUCGUGCUUUCCAACGGGGGAAGGACGUACCACUUAAAGGCGAACUCCGAAGUGGAGAGGCAGCGUUGGGUCACGGCCCUGGAGCUGGCCAAAGCAAAAGCUAUCCGCAUGAGGAACAACCAGUCAGAUGACUCGGGCGACGAGGAGCCUGCCUCGCAGUCAGACAAGAGCGAGCUGCACGGCACGCUGAAAACCCUCUCGAGUAAGCUGGAGGAUCUGAGCACUUGCAAUGACCUGAUCGCGAAGCACGGGGCGGCCCUACAGCGCUCGCUCAGCGAGCUGGAGAACCUGAAGCUGCCAGCUGAGAGCGGCGAGAAGAUCAAGGCAGUGAACGAACGAGCCACACUCUUCCGCAUCACCUCCAAUGCUAUGAUCAACGCUUGCCGUGAUUUCCUGGACUUGGCCGAAACUCACAGCCGAAAAUGGCAGCGGGCGCUGCAGUAUGAGCGGGAGCAGAGGAUCCGGCUGGAGGAGACCAUCGAGCAGUUAGCCAAGCAGCACAACAGCUUGGAGCGAGCCUGCCGCGGGGCCCCUGGCCUGUCCUCCAGCAGCACCGGCAUCACCAGCACCGCCAAGGGGAGUGUGCAGUCUGCCAAAGGAGAGGCCAGUGAUGAAGAUGAAGAGACAGAGUAUUUCGAUGCCAUGGAGGAUGCACCAGCUUUUAUCACUGUAACUGCGGACCCCAAGCACCACAGGCGUUCGGGCAGUAACCUGAGUGGGGCCAGCGAGGGCCACCCCGAGGACUGGACCCUGGAGGACAGUGUCUUUGAAAGCUCAAAUCAAAGCAGCUACAAUGAGUCCACUUGCAAAGAUCUCCUGCCGAAGAAAAGGAGAAGGACUCGCAUCCCCGACAAACCCAACUACAGCCUUAACCUCUGGAGCAUCAUGAAGAACUGCAUCGGCAAAGAGCUCUCCAAGAUCCCCAUGCCCGUAAACUUCAACGAGCCGCUCUCCAUGUUGCAGAGGCUGACAGAGGACCUGGAGUACCACGAGCUGCUGGACAAAGCAGUCAAGUGCGAGAGCUCCACGGAGCAAAUGUGCUUCGUCGCUGCGUUCUCAGUGUCUUCCUACUCGACGACUGUCCACCGCACCGCAAAGCCAUUCAACCCGCUGCUGGGGGAAACCUAUGAGCUCGACCGGCUGGAGGAGUUCGGCUUCCGUUCCCUGUGCGAGCAGGUGAGCCACCACCCCCCGGCAGCCGCCCAUCACGUCUACUCCAGGCGAGGGUGGACAUUGUGGCAGGAAAUCACAAUCGCCAGCAAGUUCAGGGGCAAAUACCUCUCCAUCAUGCCACUGGGCACCAUCCACCUCGAGUUCCACUCCAGCGGGAAUCACUAUGUCUGGAGGAAAGUCACCUCCACCGUUCACAACAUCAUCGUGGGCAAGCUCUGGAUUGACCAGUCUGGUGAGAUAGAGAUUGUUAACCAUAAGUCAAAAGAUAAAUGCCAGCUGAAAUUUACCCCCUACAGCUACUUCUCCAGGGACGUCCCCCGGAAGGUGACAGGGGUGGUGAGCGAUGCGGACGGUAAAGCCCACUACGUCAUGUCCGGCACGUGGGACGAGAAGAUGGAGUGCUCCAAGAUAGUGCAGAGUAGCCACGGCAGCACCAGCACAGAGGGCAAACAGAAAACUGUCUACCAGACACUGUCUCCAAAGGUCCUAUGGAAGAAGUACCCGCUCCCGGAGAACGCCGAGAACAUGUAUUUCUUCUCUGACCUGGCCCUCACACUGAACGAGCCCGAGGACCGGGUGGCCCCCACGGACAGCCGGCUGAGACCCGACCAGCGGCUGAUGGAGAGCGGCCGCUGGGACGAGGCCAACGUGGAGAAGCAGCGGCUGGAGGAGAAGCAGCGAGCCGUGCGCCGGAGGCGAGAGGCUGAGGCCGUGGAAGCCCUGGAGGAAGGCAAGGACUACGAAGGCUACAUCCCACUGUGGUUUGAGCGCAAGGUGGAUGCCGUGACAGGGGAGCUGAUCUGCGUCUAUAAGGGCGGCUACUGGGAGGCCAAGGACAAGCAGGACUGGAGUACGUGCCCCGACAUCUUCUGAGCCGCUGCCCUUGCACCAGGGUGGCCGGCCCUGCGCCUCAGUUCACUGGGACAGACAGAGGGACAGCAAGGACACACCGGCAGCGUCCCGCUGGCACUUAACAGUGCAAAUACAUACACAGAGUCAAUACCUGCAGAAAUUUGAAAAGAAAACCUAAACAGGGAUUCCAAACCUAUUUUUUUACACACUAAGAAAUAGCAUCCUUUUUUUUUUUCAAUGACGGCUUUUUCAGCAACUAAUUCGGGACAAGGACACGUGAACCUGGUUUGGUUUUAGCCCAGCGUAUUUAUUGCUAUCAGGAGUUGCUGCCUAUAUCCUUCAACGCCUUGGCUGUAUCGGCUGAGACGUCGACUUCCAAAGAUGCUCACAUUGUGGGGAUGCUGUGCAUUUGUGUGAGCUCUUUUCUUUCAUAUUAUUUCCCCUCCCCUCCCCAUUUGUGUGUGGACUUUAUGGAAUUUUUUUUUUUUUAUUUUU